CUCUCCUCAGUCUCGGACCUGCAGGAUGAUCCCAGAAAACCUCACUGAGGCCAGGGAGGCACCUGCUGAGUUCAUCCUCUUGGGCAUAACGGAUCGCUGGGACCUGCGUGUGACCCUCUUCCUGAUCGUCCUGCCCAUCUACCUGGGGAGCCUGCUGGGAAACGUGGGCAUGGUGCUGCUGAUCAGCCUGGAUGUCCGGCUCCACACACCCAUGUACUUCUUCCUGGCCAACCUCUCCCUGCUGGAUGCCUGCUAUUCCUCAGCCAUAGGCCCCAAGAUGCUAGUGGACCUUCUGCUGCCCUGUGCCACCAUCCCUUACGUAGCCUGCGCCCUCCAGAUGUUUGUCUUUGCAGGGCUGGCUGAUGCCGAGUGCUGCCUGUUGGCAGCCAUGGCCUAUGACCGCUAUGUGGCCAUCGGAAACCCACUUCUCUAUACAACAGCUAUGUCCAGGCGUCUAUGCCUGGCCUUGCUGGGGGCAUCGGGCCUGGGUGGGGCGGUGAGUGCCUUUGUGCACACAGCCUUCACCUUCCGCCUGAGCUUCUGCCACUCCCGGGAGAUCAAUAGCUUCUUCUGUGAUAUCCCUCCGCUACUGGCCAUCUCGUGCAAUGACACCAGUCUCAAUGAACUCCUCCUCUUUGCUGUCUGUGGCUUUAUCCAGACAACCACCGUGGCGGCUAUUGCCGUGUCUUACGGUUUCAUUGCCGUGGCUGUGAUCCGCAUGCGCUCAGCCGAGGGCCGUCGGCGAGCAGCCUCCACCUGUGGGUCCCACCUCACCGCUGUGGCCAUGUUAUAUGGAACACUCAUUUUCAUGUACCUGCGUCCCAGCUCCAGCUAUGCCCUGGACACUGACAAGAUGGCCUCUGUGUUCUACACCCUUGUCAUUCCAGCUCUUAACCCGCUCAUCUACGGCCUCCGCAACAAGGAAGUCAAGGAGGCCCUCAGGAGGACUUGGGGUCGAUUCUGCCUCCGAGAGCAGGGACAGCAGUGACUGGUCCAAAGAGGCUGGUUAGGGCGGA